AUGAAAGCAAGCCUAAAGCCCCCUUAUAUGAUUGCAUUGAUGCGCAAGUUAGAGAUUUGGGUUAUUCUCUUGAGCACAUUCUUGAUGGAGACGGCCCCAACGGCUGCUAAUUCUUUGAUGAGACAGGGAUAUCUAGAUGAACAAUUUAUUCAAUUGGAAGAGCUACAGGAUGCAGAAAAUCCAAAUUUCGUCGAAGAAGUUGUUACAAUGUACUACAGGGAUUCGGCUCGAUUAAUCCAAAAUAUAGAGCAGGCUUUGGAAAAGAACCCUCUUGAUUUUGCUAAGCUGGACAAUAAUAUGCACCAGUUCAUGGGGAGUAGUAGCAGUAUUGGAGCAAAAAAGUUGAAAAAUGAGUGCACACAAUUCAAUGAGUGCUGCAAAACAGGAAAUGGAGAAGGAUGCAAGAGAACUUUCCAACAAGUGAAGAAAGAAUAUGCUGCUCUUAAAAAGAAAUUAGAACAAUAUUUUCAGUUUUCAAGACAAAUUGGCCCUGUUGAGAAGGCAUGUCGUCCAAAAUAA